AGAAGUCGCGCAGCGGUGGCGGACGGAGGUUCGAGCAUAUAAGAUUCCUAUUCCUGUGUUCCGGGAGUCGUGAUAAGGUGCACCUCCGCAUAAGUUUCUGUCCAUAGAGAGAGAGAGAGGGAGAGGGACAUUAUAUCAUCUACUACAAGAAUUCCGGUGACGGAGAGAUUGUUCCGUCCUUACUUCUAACUCUCUUUUCCGCCCAGGCAUUGCUGUACCUCUGCUUCAGAAAAAACGACGUUUUAGCAAAAAAUCUUGAUGGUUGAGAAAUGAGUGUAUAGAAGUUUUUUGUGCUGAAUCAUUUAUUUUUUAAAGAAGUGAGACUCAAAACUUGUUUGCUGACAAGUACCGAAUGACGACGAGAGUUGAAAACGUUUGAAGUAACUUUCUAUCAUAAAGUGAUCUUCGAAGGUAACAUCUGAUGUCCUUCUCGAAUUGUUAUCUCGCUCGGAAACCUCAUUCAGAAUUGCAAUGUUUAAUAGAAUGAUUUCAAAAGUGCACCUGUGAAAAACUCAAGGAAAUCUCAUUCAGAAUUGCACUGUUUAAUGAAAUGCUUUCAAAAGUGCACCUGUGAAAAACUCAAGAGUAGCAACCUUCGACAAAACACGUUCAAGAAAAGAAAAAGACCAAGAUCAAAUACUUGUCUCGCUGAAGGCACUGAAAACUUGAGAGAGCCUCGGAACGCCUUUCAGAAUUCGCGAGAAACGGACUGAAAAGGAAAACUUUCACUUUUCCCAAAUAUGGUCUCCCCUUCGUUCUCAGAGGUCCUUGUGACGAGGCUCUGAAUCCUUUUAGUUAUGUGCGACUACUGACGUUGAGAGGCGCAUCAACAAUGUAAUUGACGCCCUCACGCGCUAUUUACUUGUGGUUCUUGGUGUCGAGAAGGGAGGGAAGAGGAAGAUAAACAUGAUGGGUGCACAUUUCAUUUAACUGUAAUGCCUGACACUGAUAAUCAAAACAGCAGUAAUGGGUGACACGUUAUGUACCGUCGAAGUAUAGACAUGACGGAAGGCGUGGAUCUGCCUAGCGGGGGGUUCGGGGUAACCCUGAAGGAACUCCGCUCCUUGAUGGAAGCCAGGGGCGCCGACGGCCUCAAGAGACUCAAGGAAGACUUCGAGAACGUCGAGGAACUAUGCAAGAGGCUCCGGACGCAUCCUACGGAAGGUAUCGUCAAACCCGAGGAGAGCCUGGAACACCGAAGAGACGUCUUCGGCGCCAACGUCAUUCCCCCGAAAGCUCCGAAGAGCUUUUUGCAUCUGGUAUGGGAGGCAAUGAAGGACACGACGCUCAUCAUCCUGCAGGUCGCAGCUGUCGUCAGUAUCGUCUUGUCUUUCUUCGAAGCUGGGGAGGAGGUCAAGGAAAAAAGUCACGAGCCUUCGAUCUUGGUGGAUGAGGGCGGUAAGGAUUCUGUCUGCGAACAAUCCGAGAGGGCGCCCCCGUGGCUUGAGGGCGUGGCCAUUAUAGCAGCGGUUGUUGUCGUUGUCUUUGUUACUGCUUUUAAUGACUACAGCAAAGAGCGUCAGUUCCGUGGCCUGCAGAAAACCAUCGAGAGCUCCUCGAAGUUCUCCGUUGUCAGGAACAGGAGCAUCAUUCAAAUACCUUUGAGUGACAUCGUAGUCGGGGACGUCUGCCAGAUCAAAUACGGCGACAUGCUGCCAGCAGACGGGAUCCUAAUCCUGGGCUCCGAUCUGAAGGUGGACGAAUCUUCCCUGACGGGAGAAAGCGAUCACGUCGACAAGCUCUCGGACGCCGAUCCUAUGCUGUUUUCGGGAACGACGGUCAUGCAGGGUAGCGGGCGCAUGGUUGUCACGGGCGUGGGCGUGAACUCCCAGGCUGGUAUUAUCAUGACGCUCCUCGGAGCCACAGCCUCAGAAAAGCAAAAACAUAAAAAGGAGGAGGAAGAAAAGAAAAAGAGCGCCGCUUCUGAAGAGGAAGAGGAAACCUCCAAGAAGUCCGUCUUGCAGCAGAAGCUCUCCAAAUUAACCAUUCAGAUUGGUUACGCAGGUUCUUCGAUUGCCAUACUCACGACGGCAAUCCUCGUCAUCCGAUUCUGCGUCAAGACUUACGUCACGGAGAAGAAGCCCUUCGAGGUCAAGCACUUCAACAGCUUUGUCCACUACUUCAUCAUCGGCGUGACCGUCCUGGUCGUGGCGGUGCCCGAGGGCCUGCCCCUAGCGGUCACCAUCUCUCUAGCUUACUCGGUCAAGAAAAUGAUGAAAGACAACAACCUCGUGAGGCAUUUAGAUGCCUGCGAGACCAUGGGCAACGCCACGACGAUAUGUUCCGAUAAAACAGGGACGCUGACAACCAACAGGAUGACUGCCGUGGCCGCUCACCUGGCUGGGAAGACGUACCUUCAAUCAUCAUCACCUAUGAAUCCUUCCCUCUACAGCGAGAUACCCGCUUACGAGAACUUACCACCCACGAUUGCCGAAUUGCUCGUGGUGGGCAUCAGCACGAACACCAACUACACGUCAAAGGUCGUGCCCAGCGAAAAACCAGGAGAGCUACCCAAGCAAAUCGGCAACAAGACAGAGUGUGCCCUUCUGGGCUUUGUUGGGGAUCUGGGAAGGAGCUACCAGACAGUCAGGAACAACUACCCCGAGGACAAGUUCGUCAAGGUCUUCACCUUCAACUCCUCUAGGAAGUCUAUGUCCACCGUGCUUUCCCUUGGCAGCGGAGGAUACCGGAUCUUUACCAAGGGUGCCUCUGAAAUAGUUAUCAAGAAGUGUUCGUUCAUUCUCAACAGCAAAGGCGAAGUCGAGAGGCUCAAUCAGAAUGAUCAGAAAAAUCUGGAGGUGGACGUCGUGAAUACCUUGGCCUGCCAGGGGCUCAGAACCAUUGGCAUUGCCUACAGGGAUCUAGUGCCAUUUCAGCCAGCCUUAAACCAGACUGAAAUCAAAUCUACUCCCGACUGGAAUGAGGAGGACGUUUUGAUCACGGAUUUGACACUCUUGGCAAUCUUGGGAGUCGAAGACCCCGUCCGUCCUGAGGUCCCGGACGCCAUAUCCCUGUGCCAGAAGGCUGGCAUCACCGUGACGAUGGUGACAGGGGAUAACGUCAACACCGCCAAGUCCAUCGCCACCAAAUGCGGCAUCUUGGGCACCGGGUCGGGAGGCCUCAUCAUCGACAGCAAGGAGUUCAACAACCGCAUCAGAGAUGAGAAGGGGGAGGUUAGUCAGAUACUGCUGGACAACGUGUGGCCGAAGCUCAGAGUGCUGGCCAGGUCAUCUCCUCAGGAUAAGUAUAUUCUGGUGCGAGGAAUCAUCAACUCGAAGGUCGGGAAGAUGCGCCAAGUAGUGGCCGUCACGGGCGAUGGCACCAACGACGGGCCUGCGCUCAAAAAGGCAGAUGUUGGCUUCGCUAUGGGUAUAACAGGGACAGCCGUGGCCAAGGAGGCUUGCGACAUCGUUCUGACGGACGACAACUUUACGUCCAUCGUGAAGGCCGUCAUGUGGGGUCGCAAUGUGUACGACUCCAUCGCCAAGUUCCUCCAGUUCCAGCUGACAGUCAACGUCGUCGCCGUGACCGUGGCUUUCGUCAGCACCUGCAUCAUCAGCGAUACGCCGCUGAAGACUGUCCAGAUGUUGUGGGUUAAUCUCAUCAUGGACACGUUGGCAUCCUUGGCGCUGGCGACAGAACCCCCAAGCAUCACUCUGCUUCACCGCCAACCCUACGGCAGGACCAGCCCGCUCAUUUCGAGGAUCAUGUUCAGGAACAUCUUUGGACAGGCCGUAUUCAUGGUCACCGUCAUAUUCUUGCUGCUCUUUUUCGGUCAAGACCUUGUUAACAUCAGCACGGGCCUCAACGCCGAGCUGGGUGCUCCCCCAUCGCAGCAUUUCACGAUGAUCUUCAACACGUUCGUCAUGAUGACUCUCUUCAACGAGGUCAACGCUCGUAAACUCCAUGGCGAACCUAACGUCUUCCAGGGCAUCACUCGAAACCCGAUCUUCUACUGCAUCUGGGUAGUGACCUUUGCCGGUCAGGUACUUAUUGUGCAAUUCGGUGGGUACGCCUUCCAUACCCGGGGACUGACGCUGGACCAGUGGUUGUGGUGUGUCUUCUUUGGCUUUCUUGUCUUGCUUUGGGGCCAGUUAAUGAACGCAGUUGGGAUGCUCAUUCCCUACAGUCGUCUCAGAUCAACUGCCAUUCGACCGGGUCAGCAGGACUCAGCGUUUCGUGGUGGUGGGAGAGACCCAAUGGAAACGGCCUUUAUUAAGAAGAAGCGAGACUCGCAAAUCUUCUGGAUACAGAGCAUAACCGAACUUCAGACGCAGAUCCGUGUCAUUCGCGCAUUCCAGGCAGGUGUUGCGAAGCGUGUCGGGGAAGACAACCACGACAGGCACAUGGCUGGAAGAUUCCUGGGAAAUGAAUUUGGAAAAAAUCAACCGUCCGGAUUCCACAGCCACACUUCAAUCGAUAUCGCCUCGGACCCAGAAGAAUUCUCCAUACCCGAAAUCGAAAAUGCUCGAUAGUAAUACCAUCAUGGUUAUUAAGGUACAAGAAGCACCCACGGGUAAACUGAUGGACCUCCAGCUCCCGGCUUUUCAUGUCAACAACGUGUCUCGUCCCCGUCCGUGAAACCGAGUGAAAUCAAAAUUACGCCAUGCAUAGCAGUCAGAUACUAUCGAUACUAUCAAGAAACAAGCAGCCAAUCAAAGACAAACACUAUAAUGGGUUUGCUUGGAUGUAAGGAAGAAUUUUACCAUCAUGAAAAGCUUUGAAGAUUGUUUUGGACCAGAUACUAUCAAGAAACAUGCAACCAAUCAAAGACAACCACCAUAAUAGGUUGCUUGGAUGCAUGGAAGAAUUUUGCCAUCAUGAAAAGCUUUGAAGAUUGUUUUGGACUUUUUUUAGCUGGUGUAUAGUUAUAGUCUUAAGACUAAGAUAAGUGGAGUGGUCAGCAGUGAAAGUUCCUUGUUGAUUUUCUUUUAAAAUAUUUGAAAAUUAUCACCUUUGACAUUUUCAACAAGUUGAGUCAGGAUGUAGCGAAUGAGGCAGAGAUGGCAUCCUCAGUUUUCUGUAGGUAUUGAGUUCGUUUGAAUCCAUUGUCCAUUUUAGAUUUCUUAGAAUUUUAACACUUAUUUACAGGAUGAUAUUUAAAAGCCAGCCGCAGUGUUUCAUGUGACAUUCUAUGCCCAAUUUACAACUUCUCGGUGUUCACUACUACAGGAAUGAGUCUGUAAUUACUGGAAAUUCUGUUACACUCAAAAUAAGCCUUCGGGAAUUGCCUGAAAGGUCGAAGGUCGAUUCUCUCAGAGGAGCUUAUCCCAUCUAAGGCUGAGGUGAUCCGGACACCAGCCUUGGCAAUGGACAUGACCAAAUAAGCUUUUCAAGCAUUUUAUCUCCAGAGAUUACUCUUCAGAAACUGCCCCUGAUAGAUGAGAUUACGAGGAGGGACUUUACUUAUCUGUGGCUGUGGUAUUCUUAAAAGUUAAUCCUUGGACAUGACUCCAGUUGUGGAAUAUAAUUCAAAAUAAUUCCCACUAAUGAUUAUGGAGCAUCCUUUCUGGAAACGAAUAUUAUAGUUGUCGUUGGAAUCUGUCUUUCAGCUGAUAUCACAACACUCUUGGCUAUUAUUAUAAAAUAGUUUUUGAUAGAUGAAAAACAUUUGUAUAGGCUGAGUCCUCGUGAAAACAUUUCUGUCGAUGAACUGAAGAGUAUGGAGUCAUUUAAUUGAUUACUUUUUCAGUCAAGUGCAAGAAUGUUUUUUGUAUUCGUUAUUGAAAAAGGCUCUAUUGCUGUUAUUGCUUCUCUAAGAAGAAUAAUUCCUUUCGGUUGAAUAAGGAUGGCCAUUCUGGGUUCGUGAGCGCAUAUGAGUAUGAAUAUAUAGUUGGUGUGAUUUCCAUCAGAAAAAAACAAAAAGGUAGUUUCCAUAUUUACUCAUUCCCGUUGUGGUUCAUUUAUACAUGCAGGUGGAUGUGCUAUCGGUUAAGUUAUCUGGUGCAAGUUCUUAUAAGUUUAUGUUGAUGAUGUCAAAAUACAAAAACUCAAGAGUGGUUUCUUGGAUGGUCCAGUCACAAGUCUUGAACGAUGGUCACUGCCAUGUCUGCCGUUUCAGUGACGUAACAGAAUUUCUCGGACGAUGGUUAUCUAAAGUGUUUGUGAUUACAGUGAAGUGACAGGUUAUCCUGGUUGAUGAACACCCAGGAUUUCCUCUAGAGUGUUUAUUUUUUAUUGUGGAGUGACAUGUUAUCAUGGCUGAUGGACUUACUGAGUCAUUUUUCUUAAUGGCAGAAGACUGCUUUUGGGCUGAUGGGUAUUUUCCUUACAUAUCAGGUGGCAUGUUUCCUUGGUUCAUAUACGUCUGCUCUUAUGCCGGUUGUUUCAGUGUAUGUUACGUUCAAAAGGGAAAAAACGUAUAGCUCUGCAGAAGGAAAAAAAAUAUAUUUGAAACAGAGGAUAUGGUGCGCCCAGUAACUUAACAUCCUCUUACAUAUUUAAUACCGGAGUUUAUAAAUUCUAUAUGUUAGACUAGAUUUAUGUAACAGUUGCAAUGCUGUGAUAUUCAACUAUGUAACGAACUGCCAGUGAAAAGGAUGUCAUGUUAUUUUAUGUUGUUGUCAAAUGCAUUAAAAGUGUUGCCAUUCACAUGGCAGUUUAAUUUGUCGGUUACAGAAGUCAACUCUGUGUUUAUUGGUAAUUUUAGGUUAAGCCAUCGGUGACUUUGUUCCUUGUUAAAUUUGAAUCCCUUUACAAUUAUUGUUCCCUAAUGUUCGUGUAACAUGUAUGGUUCUGUAUUCAUAUUCCAGUGGAUUCUUACAAUGUUUUGUACUUUGCUUUAGUGUUCAUUGUUAUAUUAUUAGCAGACUGACUAGGUUUUGACCUUCACUUUCAAAACUGCUGCUAACGUUUCCUUUUAAAUUUAAAAAAUGUUCAACCUGUAUCGGUGUCUUUUUUAUUAUGUGAUUGUUAAUGCUUGUGUUAUCAGAAAGAAAAAUCUCUGGAUGUUCUACAAACUUAAAGAUCCCCUUUCGCGGUAAGAGCUGUAUAGUCCUUGUCUUUCCGUAGUUCUAAGCUGACGAUGAACACGUACUCAAGGAAUCACCACCUUUGCCAAUGUAACUCUUGUUCCUAUUGUAAAGUAGCGAUAGGAAGUAAGGACACAUCUCCAUCUAUAGUAGAUUCACAUCAACCGUGCCUCUGAUGUCCAUGCCAGUCCCUUACGAUGCUCCUGAUUGGCUGUUGGUAGGCCAAUCACAGGGCUGGAAAUUCUCAGUCUCUCGAGAGAGUUCACAUAGGGAUACGUCUUUCAAAAGUAUCCUCCAGGAGAAGUGGAACAUACAUCCUGCCUAUGUCAACUCUCUCGAGAGACUGAGAGUUGCCAGCCCUGUGAUUGGCUUAUCAACAGCCAAUCAGUAGCGCCGUAAGGGACUGGCCUAGACAUCAUAUGCACGGGUGAUGUGAAUCUACAAUAGUUUCGUACACAUUAGUGUCUAGCCAUAUAAAAUUAUUAACGUACGUGUAAUUAAUCCUCCAUUCUUAUUCCUGUUUGUUAAUCGUACUUGUUUUGGUUGAAUCUUUAAUGUUGGAGUUAAAUAACGGCAUGAAACAUGAUGGGAAAGAUGAUGAAGUCCAUUGAAGAGCGUAACAUCCUUCCCUAUCGCAAGUCUACUCCAAGUUUCUGAGACGAAAUCAACGCUCAAGAGGACACUGUGAACAGCGUUGCUGUGUUUGCAAUUAUUUCCUCUCGUUAGAGUAUUGUGCAGUAUUCUAUAAAUCAAAACUUUCGAACCUGGAGAGCUUUCGUUCAAGGUAUUCAUCGUUGAUUUCGUUCAUCUUACUGACCCAGAAGGAAAAAGUUCCAAAACGAAGAAUUAUUUUUGAGAGAAACUUUUCAAUGAAAAACCCUCGAAAACACAGAAUUGAGACUUUACAAUUGUGGACACUUAUGUGAAUAUUAAAUAAUAAUAUAUUACUAUAAAUGUAUGUCUAUGUACACGGACGUAUGCUGUGCAUGACUAUAUAUGAAUGGGUGAUAUCAGUAGGCAAUAUGAGCACUCAUACCGUACACAAAUUAGCGUGAUUUGAACGUUCAUAUAUCAUACAUACACAUCUCAGUCACUGUACGAACAUACCUUAGAAUAUACAAAAAUCUUCACAGAAAGUACAAAGCAGCUACACUUAUCGCUAACCAAGACCAAAAGCUAUUUUAAAAUGAAUGGCUGCAUUUUUGUUUUAGUUAUAGAUAGGAGUAAGUCAAAUAUGAAAUUUUGAAACUGACGGAAAAAGAGAAAACGAGCGCUUUCUCGUUAGGUUCAGUAAUCCAUCCUCUGUAAGGAUCGAUAUAGUCUAUAUUUUGUUAAUUAAGGGACUUGACCGAUUGGCUAGUUCAGUAAUCUAUACAAAGAUAUAUAGUAUGU